CACCGUUGCACGAAGAACCGGCUGGCGCUUGGAUGCAUUAGCUACAAGCUACACGCUAGACGCUAGAAGUUACAGCGAAAUCGCAGCUGCGCUUUACAACAGCACCUCGCCAACCACCAAUCCGAAGCUAAUAUUAGGCCAGACCAGGCCCGGCCAGCAGGGUCCAAGAAAAGGAACCUUAGUCACAAGACUACCAAGAAGAACAUCGAAGAAUUAAGGAAGAAGGAUCCACAAGGUCUUUUUAGACCUUUAGUCAUCGGUUCAACAUGCCACACCGGGUAGUGGAUUUUUUCCGGUCUUCCAACGACAGCAUUCACAAUAUCAAGGCCUCGGUACAGCGGAGGAGCAACCCUAACUCUCGAUCCGCCUCCAGAGAACGGCCUACUCGCCACUCAUCUGCCGCUUCUUCGGUGCUUGAGGACAUCACCGAUCACAACACGCAAACCCCGGUUUACACCGCACCCCCCGUAAAGAUGGCCGAAGUAAAAGACAAGCUGAAAGAAAAGGAGUCGCAUGCUCAUCACCGCCUAAGCUUUCCAAGCUUGCAUCUCGGUGGUUCCAAGGCAUCUAAAGAACAGCCCCAAAACCCAAAUGCGUCGCUCAGCUGGAAAAUUGAGUCGCCCCCUGCAGUAAUGCACGGCGAGCCGGAAAACAGCACAGGCGCAUUGGUUUCCGGGCAAUUAUUACUGGACGUCAAGGAAGAGGGCUUCGAAGUCGACAAUUUCUCAGCCAAAUUAGAGAUUCAUGUCGUGCAGAAGAGGCCAUUUACAGGUCACUGUCAAAGCUGCUCAACCCAAACGAAGGAGCUAAAAUCUUGGACGUUCCUGAGUGAACCCACAAUCCUCUCCAAACGUAUCCAUGAAUUCCCAUUUUCCGUCUUGUUAGACGGGCAUCUACCUGCAUCGACUGACAACCCAGUCGUCGCUAUCCGGUACGACUUCUCUGCCGAAGUCACACCAAGGAUACCCGGCCCUGCAAUUAAGCUCUGUAAGAGCAUAGAUGUAAAGCGAUCGCUACAGGUCCCAGAACUACCACAUCACAGCAUCCGCAUCUUCCCGCCAACCAACAUCGCAGCCAGCGUACACUUCUCCCAGGUUAUGCAUCCUGUUAGUACCAAUCCGGUUACACUCCGCCUUGAUGGCAUUGUCAAGCACAACCUCGAGGCCAAGAGCGUUGAGUACUGGAAGCUCAAGCGCCUCUCCUGGAAGCUAGAGGAGAACAUGGAAAUCGUAGCACCAGCCUGCGAUAAACACGCGCCGAAGGACCCGGAAACCGGUCUCUCUACCAAAAAGGGGGCUAAGCGCACAGACUCCCGCGUUAUUGCCCACGCUGACAUGCACACUGGAUGGAAAUCGGACUACUCACCAUCCGGAUGCAUUGAGCUGGAGAUCCAGUGCGCGCUACCUCCUUCUACCAAAGCUGCCUGCGAUCUGAAGAGCGAGGACGGAAUAGAGGUCACGCAUCAACUCGUUGUGGAGAUGGUCGUGGUCCAAGAGUAUGCGCCCAUCGGCCAUCCUAAGCACAUCACGCCUACUGGUGUGGCCCGUAUCCUACGUAUGCAUUUUGGUGUGGUGGUUACGGAGCGUGCGGGCCUAGGCGUCAGCUGGGAUAAUGAGGCCCCACCUAUCUACCAAGACGUUCCCCCAAGUCCGCCUUCCUACUCUUGCGAUAUCCCCUACGAAAGCGUCGAGGAUCUGAGCCUGAGUCGGAGAAGCGCGGAGUCUGGAAGGACGGCAAGUCCGGCUUAUGAAGGGCCGGCGCCACCAACACCACCAGCAUCAGGAGCCGAUGAUGCCUCGCGCUAGGAGACGCGGGAUCGGAGGCGAUGCACAAUUGCGAGAUGGAUGUCGGAGACUUGGCGGAGGAGGAAGAGGAAGUAAUACCGGUUACGACCGCAACCCUUUUUCUUUGUUGUAAGGGAUGCUUUUUGAGAACGAAUUAUACCCCACUAGCGAUGCCCCCAAGGACGGGCUAGGCUAGAGCGCUACUUGCAUUGGGAGAGGAAAAUUUUGGGACGCGAGGAUUUAGAUUUGACUUUUUACUUCUAAGGACAUCUCAGUAACGGAUAUUGUACCGUACGUGAAUUGGGAUGGAAUGGGAUGGAGUUUGAAGACCAAUGGUCUGGUCUGAGGUAAAAUAUGGAUGGGAAAAUUGAGGGUUAGGCAUACCCACCUCAUAGCUUACCGCUUGCUAGGAAUGGCUGCGACGACGCAAUUGAUAGCUAAUAUUAAUGGUCAGAAUGAUAUGAUAUGAG